AUGGUUCCUUUAGCGGUCCCGUUUAAUAGCUUUGGAAACGCUCUCUUGCUUUUGUUUAAUGGUGCCUUAGCCACCGUGAUCGUGAUCAUUAAUGUGUCGGUUUUCAUUUCCAUCGUAAUAACCAAAUCCCUGCGAACCGAGAACAGGUUCAUUUACAUGAUGAGUACAUGCAUUAGUGACUUCGGGACGGGGGUUUCGUGGUACUAUCUUGGUAUUUUUGAUGUUGAUGAUACCGUAAGUGGAAAAAACACGACGUAUUUCAUUUCUUCAAACUUCUUAGGGCUGUCUUACCUGGUCAUCCUAGCGGCUCAGGCGGACAGGUACCACGCCGUAGUGUCCCCUUUUCAAUACAGCAGGAGAAUGACUCCAAUGAAAACCGUGCUGGUUGUGUGUUGUCUUUGGGUUUAUGCCUACGCCCACGUGGCUGCUCUAAACUUGGUUACUUCAGCAACCGCCGCAAAGAUCAGCUCGAUCGGCACGUUCGUGUGCAAUGUGAUCACGCUGGUGAUCAUGUUAGGACUCAAUAUUAAACUGUAUCUGAUUGCAAAGUACCAGCUCAGCCGGGAGCCCCCUUCAGCAGAGCGGGAGCACCGGAGGGGGUCUCUGCAUCUCAUAAUAAUCGUGGCUGGUUGCUUUCUCUUGUUUUGGACGCCGGUUUUUACGUACAUUAUAAUUUGCGAUUUCGCGACAACACACUGUUACGCAUUUGAAAACCGUGCCACAGACCCGCUGAGAAUUCUACCCCGAGUGAACUCUGCGCUCACCCCCUUUCUGUACGUGAGAGGCUGCGCUCCUUUAAAGCAAGCGCUGCUUGGCAGGGUCUGGAAAUGUUGCGCCAGCUCUUCUGUAAGAAAAAUUAAUCCGGAGACUGGGGAGAGGGCGGAUUCCAAUGAGACCAAUGUUGCAGUGAUCUGCAGGAAUUAAUGGCAUCAGCAACGUGAUCCACGUGCAAUCGAGUUACGGGUAACAGCAGGGUAUAGGGCUCUGACUCAGUUGUACUGAGUUAGCAAUGGCAGUAGUCUUAACAUUUCUAAACUUUUGUGUCACUAGAAAUUAUUCAGACGUCUAUAAAAUGCAACCUAGUCAAAGAUUUUAAAUUAGAUUAGAUUUACUCUCGAUCAAAAUGUUAGAGCGACUUGUGCAUUUAAAUGUUUUGUAUUUGAACGUUGUCUCAUUUGAUGUGUUUAUUUGAUCAGUAAACGGGCAUCCUUCCUCCUCGGAUUUUCUUAAUCCUCUUCGCAAUGUGCAUGUAAAGUUUGGAACGUGUUUGAUAAAUGCAAAUGCUUGAAGUGAAGAAUGUGACAUUACAUAUCGAUUUCACUUCCACCUUGAAUGCUAUUAAUAAUAAAAGCAAUUUAAUAAACGUGUCUGUUUAAUUAGGUGCAAGGCCACUCCUGUCCGAAUCGCCUAUAAUUGCCUGCAA